AAGUCAAGACUAGUCAAGAGUCAAGACAUGCUCUUUACAUUCUCGCGUGAUAGCUUGCCGCUGGCAAAUUUCGCCUCAUCGGCGAUCACUUUUAAUCGAGGCGCAUCAUUCGUUUCAUCGUCUGGCCCUCCUUCAAACCGAACGGCUACGAAUCGUGGCUCGUGGCUCGGAUUCGUUUCAACCUCUGCGCGAUCGCAUGUUUAUUCUCGUUGCGGACAACAUAACCUAUAUCAUUCUGCGACUUUUACCUCGAAUCCAACGUCAACCUCGUAUACGUCGAGACGUUUCGAUGACUAUCGUUAACUCAGCAGCGGAUAAAUUCCGGAAAGAUCAUCAUAGCUGAUACACUGGCCAAAGAAUAUAUGCUAAAACGAGUGUAAGAGAUUGGGUAUUGUCUGUUUGGAGGUAACAUUGGGCUAUAGGCUAUUCUAUACAGGAUGGACAAAGAAAGCAACAGUGCGAUACCUAGAUUGAGACAGGAUUAUCUGCAUCUCAAGAUGGAUCCAGUACCGUAUAUUCUUGCGGAACCAGUGCCUACCAAUUUGUUAGAAUGGCACUAUGUGGUUAGGGGACCAGAAAGCACUCCGUACGAAGGUGGAUAUUAUCACGGGAAAAUUCUAUUUCCAGAGGAGUUUCCAUUUAAACCACCUAGCAUUUAUAUGUCCACACCAAACGGUCGAUUUUGUAUCAAUGCAAGACUGUGCUUGUCUAUUUCUGAUUAUCAUCCAGAAACAUGGAAUCCAGCAUGGAAUGUAUCUACUAUUCUCACUGGCUUGCUUAGUUUCAUGAUGGAAAAAACUCCUACACUCGGUAGCAUAAAUACAACAGACUAUGAAAAGAGACAGCUAGCAAUGCAGAGUUUAGAGUACAAUCUCAAGGACAAAUUGUUUUGCGAGCUCUUUCCAGAAACUGUUGAGGCAAUCAAAACUGAAUUGGAACAUCGGAAAGAGAAGAGACUUGAUGAGUCCAGAUGAAUGAGCUGAAUUUUCUAUAUUUUGCCAGACACCGAUUUUCAUCCUGUUCUGCCCUCUCCUAAAAAAUCACAAACUAGUAUUUUUAUGAUUAUUUGAGUUGUGGACAUAAUGAGUCAUUGCCGUUAUCAGGUGCACAGCAAUUUUUAUACAUCAGUGCUUAAAGAGUGCUAAAAACGUUUGAUAGUUACCUAUAAGAAAAACAUAUGUGUAAAAGAUAAGUAGUUGAUGACAUAAAUAUCUAACCUUGGACAUUUAUAAUAUCUGUCACGGAAGAUAUUGUACGCUCAAUUUAUUUGGCAUAUAAUUUUUGAGUUGUAUGUAUGUGACACAAGAGUGUUUACAAUUUUUGAACAUAAAAGAAUAAUGAAAAUAUCAACGAGGGAACGUAUGCCAGUAGUGAAAGAA